CAUUUAAAAACUUGUGUAAGUCUAGGGUGUGAGAGCAAGUCUAUAAAAUGGUAUACACUCAUAAAAUGUUAUCUUCAUGAAACCAAAGUGUAUAUUCUCCUCUCUAGGAUUGUACUGUUCAACCAGAGUAAUGGCUUAUGAGUCUUUGCCCUUCUCUGACCCCUGUGAGGUAAGCUCCAUGGGUUGUGGUGUAGAAGUUCACAUGUGUAGCUUCACCAGCAAACAACACCUGUAGAUGCUUCAAAGACAGAAAACAGACAGAGAAUCAUUUUACCAUUGCUUGGAAAUUGUAAUCUGCUAAUUAUCUAUUAUACUGUUAUACAACUUUAAUAAGAAUAUCAGGACAUGUGUCUGUUUGUAAUAUUUAACAGAUAUGAAUGACUAAAAAGACAAAAUGUUUGAACACAAAAGGAGAUGUUAAGCAGAAUAUUAGAGACUGAUAGCCUCAGUCAACAUUCACUUACAUUGCACCUUUUUUCUCUUCAUACAACCUGGUGUGGAAAGUGAACACGUCAGUGUUUACAGAGGGUGGAGCAACUUCAUACUUUCUCUUGACAUCUCUGACAUACAGACAGACUUUAGGUCUCAUAGUUUAGGUCACAAUUGUAUAAGAAGAAUUAGCUGAUCCAGACCCACACUCCUUACCAGUUGGUGGCAGUGAAUGCCAACCACCAAAAAACUGCAGAAGAGGAAGACUUCUGGUGGCUUGUUGCUCUCCUUCUACUGCUUGCUUCACGCUGUUAUUGUCACCGGUGUCUGUCCUAUAAUAAAAGCAUGAAUUAGAGCACUGCUGCUUGAUUAUUGUAGAGUAUUCAAAAAAAGGUGCCUUUGUUGAGGAUGAGCAUCAGAUUCCUGUAAGCAAUCCUUCACCAAAAAUCUGCACCAACUACAGCCUUCAACGAUGGAGAUGUUCCAGAAUCAUCAAAGACCUUCAAGGAGAACUUUGGUGUUUGCCUUCAUCGCAUUAUGGCUGUUUGUUGCCAUUUCCUCCGAUGAGGAUUACUACAAGUUGUUGGGUAUUUCGAGAGAGGCAGGCACUCGAGAGAUCCGGCAGGCCUUCAAAAAGCUCGCUCUCACAAUGCAUCCGGACAAAAACCCUAACGAUGAAACGGCCCACGACAAAUUCUUGAAGAUCAAUCGGGCCUACGAGGUGUUGAAGGAUGAGGACUUGAGGAAGAAAUAUGACAAGUAUGGAGAGAAGGGCCUGCAAGAUGAACAACAGGGAGGAAGAUAUGAAAGCUGGAACUAUUACAGAUAUGAUUUUGGAAUUUAUGACGAUGAUCAAGAAAUUACUACACUAGACAGAGGGGACUUUGAUGCAGCAGUAAAUUCUGGGGAAGUCUGGUUUGUUAAUUUCUAUUUCCCACGCUGCUCGCACUGUCACGAACUUGCCCCCACGUGGCGGGAGUUUGCUAAGGAGAUGGACGGUGUGAUUCGGAUCGGCGCAGUGAACUGUGGUGAUAAUGGCAGACUGUGCCGUAGUAAAGGCAUUAGCAGCUACCCCAGCCUCUAUGUGUUCAGAGCUGGAAUGAAUCCAGAGAAGUACUAUGGCGACCGAUCGAAAGCAAGCCUCACCACGUUUGCAAUGCAGUUUGUGCAGAGCAAAGUGACGGAACUGUGGCAAGGGAAUAUCUUCACUGAGAUCAAUAGAGCGUUUACUGAAAAAAUUGGCUGGCUGAUAACGUUCUGUGCAGACACUGGGGAUUGUCUGGAGGCUCAGACAAGACGGAAGCUCGCUGGAAUGUUGGAUGGUCUGGUAAAUGUGGGAUGGAUGGAUUGCUCCAAACAGGCAGAUCUGUGUGACAGCUUUGAGAUCACCACUAGCACGACAGGCCUCUUUCCCCCUGGCAGUUCCCUUGCUCAGAAAGGCAGCGUAUUGUUUAUCCAGAGUUUGGAUACUAAAGAAAUAUAUGCACAAGUAUUGAAGUAUCUGCCUGACCUUGAGAUUCUUACAAAGGACAGCUUUGAGCAUAAAUUGGCUCAUCACCGGUGGCUCAUUAGCUUCUCCUUUGGACACAAUGAUCUGGCAUCACAUGAAUAUAAAAAACUCAAAGCUCUUCUGAAAGAUGCGCACAUACAGGUGGGAAAGGUGGACUGUAUCUCAGAUUCAGAGCUGUGCGCUUCUCUGUAUAUUCAGAAGCCCUGUGUGGCUGUUUUUAAAGGGGUUGGAAUUCAUGAUUUUGAGAUUCACCAUGGUAAGGAUGCCCUGUAUAACAUUGUGGCCUUUGCAAAAGAUAGUGUGAAUUCCCAUGUCACCACUCUGAGACCUGAGAACUUCCCCAAUCGUGAGAAAGAGCCCUGGCUGGUUGACUUCUUUGCACCUUGGUGUCCACCAUGUCGAGCUGCUCUCCCUGAACUAAGGAAAGCCUCCAUCCAGCUCUUUGGACAGUUGAAAUUUGGGACUCUGGACUGUACUGUGCAUGAGGGGCUCUGCAGUAUGUACAACAUUAAUGCAUAUCCAACAACUGUGAUCUUCAACAAGUCCAGUAUCCAUGAGUAUGAGGGCCAUCACUCUGCAGAUGGCAUCCUGGAGUUUAUAGAGGACCUGGUGAAUCCUGUAGUGGUGACUUUGAGCCCAGAGUCUUUCCAGGAGAUGGUGAAGAGACGAAAGUCCACAGAGACAUGGAUGGUUGAUUUCUAUGCCCCAUGGUGUGGCCCAUGCCAGGCGCUGCUGCCUGAGUGGAGGAGAAUGGCGCGGAUGCUGAGUGGGGUUAUAAAUGUGGGCACAGUCGACUGCCAGCAUCACCACUCAUUUUGUCAGGGUGAGAAUGUGCAAGCUUAUCCAGAGAUACGCCUCUUCCCUCAGAAUAGCAACCGCAGAGACCAAUACCAAAGUUACAAUGGAUGGCAUCGGGAUGCCUUUUCACUCAAGACUUGGGCAUUGAGCUCUCUACCUCGGGCCUCAGUGGAUCUGUCACCUGAAGACUUUAAGAGAAAAGUUUUGGGAGGAAAGGAUCACUGGGUGUUAGAUUUCUAUGCUCCAUGGUGUGGCCCCUGCCAGCACUUUGCCCCAGAGUUUGAAGUUCUUGCCAGGAUGAUGAAGGGUACUGUGAGAGCUGGCAAAGUGGACUGUCAGGCACACUACCAGACCUGUCAGAGUGCUGGCAUCAAGGCUUACCCAAGUGUCAGGUUUUACCCGCAUCUGGGCACUCCACGGCGAGAUCAGGGUGGAGAACACAUUAACAGCAGAGACUCCAAUGUCAUUGCAGACAUUGUGCGACAGCGACUCCAGCAGCUAGCCACACAGGGAAAGUCCUCCAAACUCAAAGAUGAACUGUAAGACUUCAACCAUCUUUCAAUACACAGAAACUCUUGCCUGUGGAAUGAUAACGCACACGCAAAAGGAAGGACUCUUUGAUGAGAGAAAGAUUUGUUUGAGUUUGUUUACUGCCAAACAGACUGUAGAGAGAGUGACUUCACCUCAGCUGCUUCAAAGAGGGUUCGAAGAGGAAAUCACAGUGGAUUUUCAGGACUCAACAAACACCUCCAAAUGUGUUAUUGAUGCAAGACAAGGUCACCACAGUGCAAUUUAUUUAUGACUGUCCAUAAUAUAUGAAUGUGCUGUUAAAAAUGACUGAAUCUUUAUUUCUUGUAUUUAUAACUAACAAUAGAUGCAUUUGUCCAGUUGCAUAAAGUUUUGUUGUAUUUUUCUUAGUAAAAUGCAAUUUAGAGUUCUGUUCAACUUCAGAAGGCUCUUUUAUUGUCUUUUUCUAGAAUACAUUCUAGUUCUCAUUCUGUCAAAGUUGCCAAAUCAUGGAGUAUUUUGUAGAAAGCAUAAAACUACACUGGUUAGAGUGGAUUCUUGGUAAACUCUGUAGUUUAAUUUAAUUUUUUUCUGCACUAUUUUGUAUUUUAUUUCCCAGCAGUCAUAUGUGUUUGGAGAGAUCCAUUGUAGAAUAAACCUCUUCACUUUC